CGCAGAGAGCUGCUUUUUAAAGAUGGCGCUGCACGAUAGUCCAGUAUGACCAGUUCUCUGUUGAUGUCUGUAAAACUAUGACCUGAAAAAGAUAGAUCCAAAAGCUAUAUUAUAACACAGAAGACAUUCCAAUAUUCUCGGACUAGCCCGUUUUAGCGUUAGUGGAGUGAAAUGCCUUCUCCUAAAGCGCGGAGCGGAGCGGCGCGCAGCGGCAGUGUUCCGUGCGCCGGUGGAAACGGACGCUACGAGUUUAUCUCUCUGAGCCGGACUCCCCCGCCGCACCUGCUGCAGAGGCAGGGCUCCGAUCCCACUGCGGCCCGGCUCCGAGCCUCCGAGAGCCCCAGCCGGCGACGCGGCUCUGGGUCGUCCAACUCCUCAACCGGCGGGCAGCAGUUACCGGAGGAAGACUGUAUGAAACUGAACCCGUCCAUCAUUGGGAUCGCGCUCAGCUCUCUGCUGGCCAUCGACCUGUGGCUGUCGAAGCGCCUCGGGGUGUGCGCGUGUGAGGACGCGUCCUGGGGCAGCGUGCGGCCGCUCAUGAAGCUCGUCGAGAUCUCCGGACACGGGAUCCCGUGGCUGGCCGGUGCCGCAUACUCCCUGUACAAAAGCGACAGCGCCGCCGGUCAGGAGGUCAUGCUGAACCUGCUCAUGGCCUUGGUUCUGGACCUGGUCCUGGUCGGUGCAAUGAAAGCUAUAGUACGGCGGCGACGUCCUGCCCAUAACCGUAUGGACAUGUUUGCCACGUUCUCUGUGGACGGCUAUUCCUUCCCAUCAGGCCAUGCCACACGUGCUGCAAUGUGUGCCCGCUUUCUAUUGGCCCAUCUGGUGCUGGCGGCCCCACUCCGCUUUCUUGUCCUGCUCUGGGCCACAUUUGUUGGUUUUUCUAGAGUCCUACUCGGACGGCAUCACGUGACGGACGUCGCGUUUGGUUUCCUCAUGGGCUAUUGGCAAUAUAAUUUGGUUGAGAUGCUCUGGUUGUCUCCAGUCGUGUUGCAAAGCGCGAUUGGACAGCUUCAGUGAGAAGCUAAGACUGAGGUCCCCAUUAUUUGAGGAUCUUGACACAUUCGUUUGCUGCCAGUAUGCCGGUAAUAAUUCCAUAAUGUCUGUCAAGUUGCUUUAUUUGAGCUUAUCUCGUUUUCUCGAAUGUAAAGUCACCUAUCAUCUGCCAGUAAUAUCCAAGGUUUUAGGUUCACAUUAGAUCAUGCUGAACAGAUAAAUGUGUUUAAGUUGGAGAAGUGUAAACAGGUUUCAGAAGCUGUUUCUCUCCUUCUUCUGUCAGUACUGUCAGUCUUAAUGAAUCAGCUGCCAUCCUGUUCGGCUCUUUUGAGGAUUGGUCCUUAUCAAAGCAGGAUGGGUGGGGCGACCUCUGGCUUCUAUAUCAUUACACUGAUAUCAAUCCUCUGAAAAAGUCUUUUGUGUGUGUUUUAAAGCUCUGUUCUGUGUAUGUGUCUCAAAAGAGUGAAAUUGUUUAUUUUUCUGUGCUUUUAUUGUGACCGUGUUAACCACUGUUAAAUUUUAUUGCACUUUCUGAGUCAAUCUUAUUAUUCUAUAGAUGUUUGCUGUAUUUUGCUAUGGUCUAAUUCAAAUUUGCUGGUUUUUAAUUGGGUUAAAGCCACAGCUGUAGAGCCAUAAAUCACGUGAUAUGCUGCAAAUUGUUGCCAUAUAUCACAGGAGGAUCUGUCAUAAUGACCAUUUGGUUGCAAUAAGCAGGUUUAAAUUGCACCAACAAUUUUAUGUUUGUGAAAGAAGAAAUUUUCAAAUGUAAUUACUUAAGUGAUUAAGACAGUGGGGGGGGGGGGGGGGGGGCGGUGACUUUCCCAUUUGCGUUUUUGCAUGGACUUUUUACAAAUGUUAAGACUUAGUUGUUGACAAUUGAAAAUAACUGUCACUCUACUACUACUUCAUGUAUGUUUAUAUGGCCAAAAAUAUAUGUACGCUCUUAUAACCAGGUUUGGCUGUUCCUUUAAUUCCACCGACCACAGUCUUAAUGCUACACAUGCACUGACGUUAUAAAGAACUGGCUUCCAACAUUGCAGCAACAGUUUGUCCUCGCAGAAAUGUCUGGAAUAGCCAAACCCAUUAUUUCUAAGUGUCUACAUAUUUUUAGAUAUAGUACAUCUUAUUGUCACAUUCCACUGGUUGUGCAGAAGAACUGAAUAGGAAAAAUAACGAUUAUAUAUAGACAAUAUAGAGUUUGAUAACUCUGUAUUGUACAGUGUCUUUCUAUAUUGCAUUAUACUGUAUAUGUGAUAACAAUAGUGUAUUUUUUCCAUUUCAUUUUCAUUCCACUUUUUUUUCAGGCAGGUGUCAAUUCUGUCAUUUCCAUUUGUUUCGGUUGUUUUGUUUGUUUUAAUCAGCAUGUGAAUGUCUGCAUGUAUUUUUAAUGAGAAUUUCUCACAUUCUGUUUAACCCUUUCAGGCUGGUUGAACAGUUGAAAGAGACUUUUGAAACACUGUCAGGCUGACUGUCGGCUUUAUCCAGCCAUAAGUCUUCCUCUUUUAAAGUACUGUGGCAUCAAAGAUAUUUUGACUAAUCCACCCCAAAAACAAAAGAUUUUUCUUCUUUCUUUGAUAUGAAAUAUUUCUUCUCUGACAGCACACACACUCAGAAUGAUUCACAGUAAUACAUUUCUGGUGAAGGUUGUGGGCAUUUUGACUGUUUUAAGAGAGCCAUAUGCAUAUUUUUCCUUCGCAAUAACGGUGUUAUUUCUUCAAAGUGAAUUCUUUGAUCCUUUGUGCAAUAUCACAAUUGACAUAUGGCAACCAAUAAUGUUAUUUUUAAAUUGCAAUAACUUUGUGCUGUUUUAGUGAUGGUUGUUUGCUAGGUACCAUGCUUGUUCUUUUUUUUCUUUAGGAAGAUAUUUUUAUUUAAUUCACGGGUUUUGGGUGUACAGUCAUUUUAAAUGGCUUCACCAGCUAUUUCACAAUCUGACAUCUGAUCAUUGUGUAGUCUUGCAGUGACAAAUGGCAAUUUACAUUCACCAAAGUCAAAUUAACAAGGGAUAUUCAUAAGCUUAUUGUGGUGCCUGCUAUGACUGUUGAUUAUAUGUGUGAUGUAAAAUAUACUCUACAUCCAUCAUAAUGUGAUUGUAUUUUCUAAAUAAAUAUGAAGACAUCUAA